UCCCGAGGGUGGGGCGAGGGCAAGUGUCAGUCAGGGCAGAACGCGGCGCGGGCAGCGGAGACCCGUGGCACACAGGCGUCCGGGCUGGAACGAGGCCCGCCGAGAUGGAGUUCCUGCUGGGGAAUCCGUUCAGCACCCCUGUAGGGCAGUGUCUUGAGAAGGCAACGGAUGGCUCCCUGCAGAGUGAGGACUGGACACUGAACAUGGAGAUCUGUGACAUCAUCAAUGAGACAGAGGAAGGGCCAAAGGAUGCCAUUCGGGCUCUAAAGAAGCGGCUCAGCGGGAACCGGAACUACAGAGAAGUGAUGUUGGCCCUGACAGUGCUGGAGACUUGUGUGAAGAACUGUGGCCACCGCUUUCACCUCCUCGUGGCCAACCGAGACUUCAUCGACAGCGUUCUGGUCAAAAUUAUCUCUCCCAAGAAUAACCCUCCCACCAUUGUCCAGGACAAAGUCCUCGCUCUAAUUCAGGCAUGGGCAGAUGCCUUUAGGAGCAGUCCUGACCUCACAGGUGUUGUACACAUAUAUGAAGAACUGAAGAGGAAGGGGAUUGAGUUCCCCAUGGCAGAUUUGGACGCUCUGUCUCCUAUCCACACACCCCAGCGGAGUGUCCCAGAAAUGGAUCCAGCUGCCACCAUUCCCAGGUCCCAGUCACAGCCCAGGACAACCGCUGACACCUAUUCCUCACCGCCUCCGGCUUCCUACUCUACUCUACAGGCUCCGGCUCUGAGUGUGACGGGCCCCAUCACAGCCAAUUCAGAACAGAUUGCUAGGCUGCGCAGUGAACUGGACAUUGUUCGAGGAAACACAAAAGUCAUGUCUGAGAUGUUAACAGAAAUGGUCCCUGGGCAGGAGGACUCUUCUGAUCUGGAACUACUACAGGAGCUGAACAGGACCUGCCGAGCCAUGCAGCACCGCAUAGUGGAACUCAUCUCCCGAGUGUCCAAUGAGGAGGUCACGGAGGAGCUGUUGCAUGUCAACGACGACCUCAACAACGUCUUCCUCCGCUAUGAGAGGUUUGAGAGGUACAGGUCCGGCCGAUCCGUUCAGAAUGCCAGCAAUGGAGUACUAAGUGAAGUUACUGAAGACAACUUAAUAGACCUGGGCCCGGGCUCUCCUGCUGUGGUGAGCCCCAUGGUGGGAAGUACAGUGCCCCCAUCUUCUCUCUCUUCCCAGCUUGCAGGCUUGGACUUGGGAACAGAGAGUGUCAGUGGCACCCUCAGUUCACUUCAGCAGUGCAAGCCACAAGAUGGUUUUGACAUGUUUGCCCAGACCAGAGGAAACUCCUUGGCUGAACAGCGAAAGACGGUCACCUAUGAGGAUCCCCAGGCUGUUGGAGGACUUGCUUCUGCACUAGACAAUAGGAAACAGAGCUCAGAAAUGAGAGGGAGAGGUGGGGACUCUGACCUGCAGCCCAUAGACAGCUGGCUCAUGACCCAAGGAAUGAUUCCCGUUGCGCAGCCCUCUGUCAUGGACGACAUUGAGGUGUGGCUCAGGACAGACCUGAAGGGUGACGACCUAGAAGAGGGUGUCACGAGUGAAGAAUUUGAUAAGUUCCUGGAAGAAAGAGCCAAAGCUGCAGAAACAGUUCCAGACCUGCCCUCACCCCCAACAGAGGCCCCUGCACCUGCCUCAAACACUUCAAACCGGAAGAAGCCAGAGCGGUCUGAGGAUGCACUCUUUGCCCUGUGAGCUGUCCUGUGGAUUGGCCCGCCCUGGCAGGUCACUACUGACUCUCCCAGUGGACACUGGGCACUGGCCACCCCCAGCCUACAUACCUGUAUCUCCAUGGAAACACCACUGUUUUUGCGCCCAGGACAUCCUGGUCAGGACCAGUGUUGCCACCUUCUUUCUGGGUGUCAGCAGCAGCACUGACCAGAGGUCCCGUCCUCCCUCUCCCCGAGGGCUCUCAUGGCCUUCAGUCUUCCCAGGAAGAACCAGUGGUGCAGUACCAGGCAGGGAAGCCCCAUUGACCCUUUCUGGACAGAACUCCUGAAAUGACCCUCUCAUCUCCCCUUCCUGCUUCUGCCUAGCUUCAUGGCUUCCUUCAGGUGAGACACUGCCCCACUGGACCCCCUCUUCCAUCAAGGACUCUGGGAAAGCAGGGCUCAAGCGUUUGUAACUACAGGCUUAGUUUCCCCCCUAGGACCUGUGGCACCUGUGGCACUUAGUGUCUGUACUUGAGUGGGCUCUGUGGGUUACUACCUUGAAGGUCCCUCACUCCUUUCCCCAUCAGUCAGCUGCCAGGCCUGGGACCAAGUCUCUUGGUGUGACAGCAGCCGUGAGGCCAGCAUGUGUCCUGCAGAUGGCAGACAGCCUCCUCCAGGCACGGCAUGCACGCUCACAUUCAUACCUGGCCCUGGUGUUUACAGAGGGUCAUUUGCUAAAGCAGCAGGACUUUAGUGCACCCCAUGAUUGGCCUUGCCUUCAGCAGCCUCCACAGGCUAUCUCCAGGCCCAGCAGAAGGUAGCUGUGUGCUGUGCUGGAGGUGCAGAGGACCGGGAGCUGUUCUCCACUCCUCCUCUCCCUGACAUGGCCUCAGCCUUCAUGGUGCCCUCACCUCACAUAUCCCCAGGCACCAGUUUCACUCUGAAGCUUGCCAACAGCCUUGAUCUGAGCAAGUGAGAGCUGCUGAUACCUGCUCCCGGCAGUCCUGGGCAUUACUGGUUUGUUUCCUGGCUCUGAGCAAAUGACUCAGUGCUACCAUAAUCUUGGUCUAGCUGCUGUUGCCUAGGAAAAGGGAAUUGCUGCUGCGGCUGUGUUACCACAUACUGUGCAGGUAACAUCACCACACAUUCCUUACCCGAGUGUGCUCAGCCUUUCCCACUGUUAGGAUGGCUCAGUGCUAUACCUGUUGCCAUUUGAGCUCCCACUCCAGCAGGGAGGGGGAUGGGCUGCACUUGCAGUCAGGUCAGUGGGUUCUGUGCAGCCCUGGCUGCAAACAGAAGUGGCCUUUCCCAGGCCCAACCCAGCACCCCUCCUUCAGCAGUCUCCGGAAGGUCUGGCGAGGUGUUAUCUGGCAGGACUGUGGAGGACGUCAUUCUGGCUUGCGAAAGGUACCCAGGAAGCCUCUCCUGCAGGGAGCUCAGCUGACCUGCCAAGUGCCCAGCGUUCUCUGAGCACCUGUCUCACCUCCACCCUCUGUUUAGGACCCUUGGACAGCCAGAGCUUCUCAGUGGUUCUCAAGUGUAGAGCCCUCAAAGACUAGCCUGGCUGCUAAGGCCUCUGAAGGCUUGUCACAGCAGAGGAGUCUGGGGAACCAGCAUACCUGAAAGUCUGGCUUCUGGCACAAUUCUAGAAGGGUCGUCUAUGAGGGUCAGCUGCACACAGCCUACAAGAGUUGGCCGUGUGGGCAGCAGCAAUCAGGUCAGCGGCUCUGAAUUAAGAGAUGCCUCCUGUUUAUGAAUGAUAUAGAAAGGAAGAUAGGCUUCCAUCAGGGAGAGAGACUGAUGUGGGCCCACCUUGGGGGUCCCCACAAGUCUGUUUCUAGUGUCCAGAGCUGUCCCCUGACCUCCUGACUACAGCUGCUGAGUCUGGCUGAAGCUGGGCUGCUGUGGGCACAACAGGUACUCAAGAACUCCCCACAGCCAUCGAGAGGCUGCCUUUCUGGCUGGGACCAGCCCAGCUGGUGGGUUGCUUUGUGUUCUUCAUAUCGUGUCUGGAGGUAGUCUGACUUCUCUGUGGGCUGAAGUGACAUGUGCCUGAGGCCUUUACCAGAAGCAAGAUUGGGCUUGGGACUCUGGGGGCCUUGAAGGGGGUUUGACUCUUGUGAACUGUCCUGUCCCGAGGACUCUUUCCUACCCGUUCCCCACCAUCUCUAGGCAAAGUCCUUAGACACUGGGCCCUCUCAAGCCAGCAGCCUCUACAAGUGUUAGAAAUCACAGAUAGAGUAUGUACUUAAUUACACUAAAUUAUUGCCAGGACUCCUCAUAAGCACUAAUUACACCUGAUUAUAGGUUAAAAUAUUUAUUUUGUCAAAAUAUUUUCUUGAGGAUGUAUUAACCUUUUCUUGUUCAUUGUGUGCUGAAGUGUGAAGACUGCUGCUUCCUACCUUUUUGGUCAUCAGGCAGCAGUAAAAGAAAGUCACCAGGUGACCUAGAGUGACCUCUGUCCAGGUACCAAGAAGGUAGGCUGGAGUUGGGCCGAGAGUUACCAACUUGUUUAUCUGUACAUGGGACAUGGGGGUUUGGAGCCCAAGGGGCUGCUUGGUAGCUGUGGCCAGGGCUAGCUUCCACUCACUCUGUCAGCCCCUCAGUGUGAGUGACUGUGACUUGGCUCAUUACCUUCCUCCCCACUUGGCCCAUGCUGUCUGCCACAGCACUGCUCACCCGGAACCUGGGCCCUGCUGGCCCCGGGGCAGUGAGCUCCUUUGUUCUACCACAAAGCUUCCCUGCCCACCGUCCUCUCACUGAUGGUCUCUCAGAUGGCUCAGGACAGGCCACAGACACUCUUGGUUCAGCCUAGGUGGUUGGUGGGGUAGAAUGAGGGCCUUUGUUCCUGCCUGGCCAGUCUCUCCCUGGGGUCUCCCUGUGUGCUCAGCCACACAGGCAGCCAGUGGGGGAAUGGCUCCACUUGGAGAGUCUCCCUCUGUGGCCCUCUGGAGUCUCCCUAGCCCAGUGCCCAUCCCCAGCCCUUCCUGUUCAUGGAGUCUAAGCUAGGCCUCCCCUAGCUCCCAAGAACAACUGUCCACCCCAUGUCUUGACUGCUCCUGCCACACUCAUACCCUCAGGCUCUCUGGGAGAGCCGGGGUGGAAUUUCUUCCUAAAGUUUGCACUUCCUUUGUGAGGAUCUAAGGAUCUUUGGAGCUGCUGAAAAAAAUGGUAUUGAGUUUGUUAUCCUGUUGUCUCACGAGUCGGAUUCUUGUCCCUGUCCUAGGUUUCUGUAGGUAGAGCUGGUUCUGGAGGGUGGCUCAGAGUGACAGUUACUGUGUCCCCCACCCCACUGGCUCUGCUUCCAAACACUGUCUCUAACUUGUGUUCUUGCAUGUAAAGUACUCCACAAUAAAUAGCUGAACCAGC